GGCGCAAGUGGGGGCGCGGGCGCCGGCCCCCGGCCGGGCCAGGGCCACACUGCUCGUGCCUCAACUGAGACUGUUCCGAUUCCAUCUGCCUGCCUAUAAAUACCCCGGCCACCGAGCACUGCAGACGCCAAGCCAGUGCAAGGACUGCAGGGCCAGGGCAAAAUAGCCUAUACAGCUACCUUCUCCUCUGCCAACUGAGUGAGAGCAGCUUCAGCUAUAACCACCAGAUACAAUCUAUCAAGAAUUGCUCUCCAGUCACAAGGCAUUGAUUAUUGAAGCCCUGGUUGGUUGGUUGGUUGGUACCGGUGAUCCAGAGAGCAAGGCGAUGGCGUCCUCGCUGCUCCACUGCUCCGACAAGCUCCCGUUCAUGGACGUGGAGGCCAUCCUCCACAUGAAAGAGGGGCUCGGCGAGACCAGCUACGCGCAGAACUCAUCGCUUCAGAAGCGGGGCAUGGACACGCUCAAGAGCCUCAUCACCAACGCCGCGACGGACGUGUACAUCUCGCAGAUGCCGGAGCGGUUCACGGUGGCGGACCUCGGCUGCUCGUCGGGCCCGAACGCGCUGUGCCUGGUGGAGGCCAUCGUGGGGAGCGUCGGGAGGGUGUGCGGGCGCCGGCCGUCGCAGCCGCCGCCCGAGUUCUCGGUGCUCCUCAACGACCUCCCGACCAACGACUUCAACACCAUCUUCUUCAGCCUGCCGGAGUUCACCGACCGGCUCAAGGCCGCCGCCGAGACCGACGAGUGGGGCCGGCCGAUGGUGUUCCUCUCCGGCGUGCCGGGGUCCUUCUACGGGAGGCUCUUCCCCAGGAGGAGCGUGCACUUCGUCUGCUCCUGCUCCAGCCUGCACUGGCUCUCCCAGGUGCCUCCCGGCCUCUUCGACGAGGCCGGCCGGCCGGUGAACACGGGGAAGAUGUACAUCUCGAGCACGAGCCCCGCCGCCGUGCCGGUGGCCUACCUGAGGCAGUUCCAGAGGGACUUGGGCCUGUUCCUCAAGUGUCGCGCCGCCGAGGUCGUCCCCGGCGGCCGGAUGGUGCUCGCCAUGCUCGGCAGGCAGACGGAGGCCGGCUACAUCGACCGGCGGACCACCUUCCUGUGGGAGCUCCUCUCCGAGUCCCUCGCCGCGCUGGUGUCGCAGGGGGUGGUGGAGCAGGAGAAGGUGGACGCGUACAACGUGCCGUUCUACGCGCCGUCGAUGGAGGAGGUGGAGGAGGAGGUGCGGCGGGAGGGGUCGUUCCGGCUGGACUACGCGCAGACGUACGAGAUCAGCCUGAGCAGCAGCGGCGACGCCAGGGAGGACGGCCGGACGGUGUCCAUGGCGAUCAGGGCCAUCCAGGAGUCCAUGCUCAGCCACCACUUCGGGGCCGACGUCGUGGACGCGCUCUUCCACAGGUACACGGACCUCGUCACCGAGUCCAUGGAGCGGGAGGAGGUCAAGAGCCUCCAGAUUGGGGUCGUCCUCACAAGGUACUCUACAGGACUACGCACUGGCUGCGCACUUGGGCUACCCUUCAACAGCCUACUUCGCAGGAGGCGCUUGUUGCGGCCUCUCUCGGUUCUUGGAGCAGGUGGCCAAGGAUAUUUUCUCCCAGGCGCAUGGGUGCCGAUCUAGUCAUAGAAUUGAUAGUCACUAGCGUUUGGCUUUGUACCGGACUCACUUUAGGCUGUGUGCUUUUUGAGGCAGAGGCCGGGAUCGUUUUCAAGACGUUGUAUCUUCUCGAUGUAACAUCUUGAAAUCAAUAAAGUUCCCCCUUCAA